GACCUGGAGUUGGCCACCGGGAAGCCAUCGGGAAGAAUAUAUAUAAACGCGCUGGAGGUCAGAUCGGCAGCGAUUAGUUGUGUUCUGAACGUUCAAGGUGUCUGAGGAGUUUGAGUUCCAAAAAUGAAGAAGGUUCUGCUGAGCUUCUGUGCCGUGUGGUUCUUAACAAAUGCUGCCCCAACGCCGGAAGAUCCUGCCAACACGGUGCAGGGAAUAGUACCGGUCCAAAACAGUCCUGUAGUUAUCCUCGACUCCGAUACUAACUUACCCGAAGAGGUCGAUCUGGAGGGCGCAGAAGCAGCUCACUUUGGUUACGGUGGAGGCGGCUUUGGACGUGGUGGUGGGUUUGGUGGUGGAUACGGACACGGAGGUGGCUUUGGAUUCCGUAAGUUUGGCGGCUUCGGAGGAGGUGGCUUCGGCGGACAUCAUGGGUUCGGAGGUGGCUUCCCGGGCCAUGGGUUCGGUGGGUUUGGAGGGGGUGGUGGUGGUUUCGUCGUUGGCGGAGGCUUCAUCAAGGGUGGCGGAUUCUAUGGCAAGAAAUGAUCGUCCGAGUACAAAAUAAAGUUUAAUUAAGAAUAACCCGUA